AUGAAGACAGCAUCCUUUGUGGCCGCAGCCCUUCUUGCUGUCGGCAGUGACGCCCUCUAUGGCAACAACACGAACUCCAACAGCACAGACGGGCAAACUGGUCCCCUCACCCACUCGCCUCCAUUCUACCCUUCGCCAUGGAUGGACCCCAGAGCAUCCGGCUGGGAGGACGCCUAUGCCCGGGCCCAGGCCUUUGUUUCUCAGUUGACUCUCGCCGAAAAAGUCAACAUCACCACCGGUGUUGGUUGGAUGGGUGAGAAGUGCGUUGGCAACGUCGGCUCCGUGCCCCGCCUGGGCAUGAAGAGUCUCUGCAUGCAGGACGGUCCUUUGGGCCUGCGAUUCAGCGAUUACAAUAGUGCCUUCCCCGUCGGCGUGACUGCUGGAGCUUCUUGGGCGCGUCAUCUCUGGCGCGAUCGUGGCAACGCCAUGGGCUCCGAGGCUCGCGACAAGGGAGUCGACGUUCUUCUUGGACCUGCCAGCGGUCCUCUCGGUCGUCUCGCCAAGGGUGGACGCAUUGGUGAAGCCUUUGGAGCGGACCCUUACCUGCAAGGCCAGGCCCUGGCCAACACAGUCACCGGUAUCCAGGGCGCCGGUGUCGUUGCUUGUGCCAAGCACUACAUUGCCAACGAGCAAGAGCAUUUCCGUCAAACCGGCGAAGCUCAAGGAUACGGUUUCAACAUUAGCGAGACCCUCUCUUCCAACGUCAAUGACAAGCUCAUGCACGAGUACUACUCUUGGCCUUUCCAAGAUGCCGUCAAGGCCGGAGUUGGCUCUAUCAUGUGCUCCUACAACCAGAUCAACAACUCGUACGGCUGUCAGAACUCCAAGAUGCUCAAUGGAAUUCUCAAGCACGAGUACGGAUUCCAGGGCUUCGUCAUGAGUGACUGGCAGGCUCAGCACUCCGGUGUGUCCAACGCCAUCGCCGGCAUGGACAUGGCUAUGCCCGGUGACACAAUCUUCAACACUGGUCGCAGCUACUGGGGUGGCAACCUGACCCUUGCCGUCCUCAAUGGAACAGUUCCUGCGUACAGAAUCGACGACAUGGCCAUGCGAAUCAUGGCUUCUCUUUUCAAGGUCGGCUGGGCUGUUGAGGGUGUCAAGGAUACCAACUUCUACUCAUGGAGCCGAAACACGUACGACUACCGCCACGCUGCCGCCAAGGAGAAUAUGGAGCAGGUCAACUUUCAAGUUGAUGUUCGAGCGAACCAUGCCAAUCAUAUCCGCGAGGCCGGCGCCAAGGGUGCCGUCAUCCUCAAGAACAACGAUGCUCUUCCCCUGAACAAGCCCAAGUUCCUUGCUAUAGUCGGUGAAGAUGCCGGUCCGAACCCGAAGGGCCCCAACGGCUGCCCUGAUCGUGGCUGCGAUGACGGCACAAACGCCAUGCUCUGGGGCUCUGGCACCUCCAACUUCCCCUACCUCAUUACCCCCGACAGCGCUCUGCAGCAACAGGCUAUUCAGGAUGGCACUCGCUAUGAGAGCGUUCUCAGCAAUUAUGACUGGAGCGCUACCCACGAUCUUGUUAGCCAGCCCAACGUCACUGCUAUUGUCUUUGCCAAUUCCAAUGCUGGCGAGGGCUACAUUUCUGUGGACCACAACGAAGGCGAUCGCAACAACCUGACUCUCUGGAAAAACGGCGAUGACUUGAUCAGGAACGUCUCUGCUCUCUGUGCCAACACCAUCGUCGUCAUUCACAGUGGUGGCCCGGUUUUGCUUGAUGAGAUCUCCAAGAACGAGAAUGUGACUGCCAUUAUUUGGGCUGGCCAGCCUGGCCAAGAAUCCGGCAACUCUCUGACUGACAUUCUUUACGGAAAGACAAGCCCUGGUCGUUCUCCCUUCACUUGGGGCGCUUCUGAGAAGGCUUAUGGCAACGACGUUCUCUAUAAGCCCAACAACGGCAAUGACGCUCCUCAAGACGAUUUCGCCGAGGGGGCGUUCUUUGACUAUCGUCACUUUGACAAGGAAUCUGAUGCUAAGCCUCGUUGCGAUCCCAAGGCUCCCGUCUAUGAAUUUGGCUUCGGCCUUUCCUGGUCUACUUUCGAGUACUCCAACCUUCAGAUUGUCAAGAAGAAUGACCGUCCUUACACACCUACCACUGGCAUGUCCAUUGCUGCCCCUACUUUUGGUAACUUCAGCAAAAACCUCAAGGACUAUGGCUUCCCUCCCGGUUUCCACUACGUCGAGCAGUUCAUCUACCCGUGGCUGAACAACACUUCGUCAGCACGCGAGGCUUCUGCCGACUCCAGCUAUGGCAAGACUGCAGACGAGUUCCUCCCUCCUCAUGCCAUCGAUGCAAACCCCCAGCCUAAGCACCCUGCUGGUGGCGAGCCAGGCGGCAACCGCGAGCUCUUUGAUGUGAUGUACGAGGUCACUGCCACAAUCACCAACACCGGCAAGACCAUGACCGACGAGGUUCCUCAGCUGUACCUCAGCCAUGGUGGCGAGGGUGAGCCUGUCCGCGUUCUCCGUGGCUUUGACCGCAUUGAACGUAUUGCGCCCGGUGCCACGGCCACUUUCCGUGUCGAGCUCACUCGCCGCGACAUCAGCAACUGGGAUGUCAAGGCUCAGAACUGGGUUGUGACUGAUGCGCCCAAGACUGUCUGGGUCGGUAGCAGUUCUCGCAAUCUGCCUCUUUCGGCCAAGCUUCAGUAG